AUCCUGAAAAAUUUACGGUACUGUAACCUUUAUGGCACUUUUUACAUUUGUUCCAGAUGGGGUAUCCUGUUUUCCCAUCCAGCUGACUACACGCCAGUAUGUACCACUGAGCUUGGAAUGGCGGCCAAGCAGGCACCAGAGUUCAAAAAGCGUGGCGUCAAGAUGAUUGCUUUGUCAUGUGACUCUGUAACUGACCACAAUGGUUGCUUGGAGGACAUCAAGGAUAGUUCUGGAGAGGCAGGCGACUGGCCAUACCCAAUUAUUGCAGACAAGAAUCGUGAACUGGCGAUCAAAUUUGGUAUGUUGGACCCUGAAGAGAAAGACAAGGCCGGACUUCCACUUACAGCACGAUGUGUAUUCAUCGUUGGACCCGACAAGAAGUUGAAGCUCUCUAUACUCUAUCCAGCAACGACAGGCAGAAAUUUUGAUGAGAUUCUUCGAGUGAUUGAUUCCUUGCAGCUCACUGCAACCAAGAAGGUAGCAACUCCAGUUAACUGGACGCAUGGUGGAAAGUGCAUGGUUUUGCCAUCUAUCAAGAAGGAAGAUGAAAGUAAAUAUUUCCCCAAAGGUGUUGAAACUGUGUCUGUGCCAUCUGGAAAAGGCUACCUUCGCUACACCCCACAACCCGAAUAGACAGUUUCGAAAACCACCAAGUCUUGUAACUGAAACAAUGACUUCUAGAAUCUUCCCUAAUAAAAGGGAAUGUGAAAAACAAUUUUGAUUUUAUAUACCUUGUGUUUUAGGUCCUAGACACUCUUGUUGAUAAGAUGUAAUCUAUUUAGGUACUGCUAACCUUUUUCAUAUUUAGUUUUGUAUUAGAAUCUUGGUUUUUAAUUUUUUUUUUUUUUUUAAUACAUUUAUAUUCAUUUCUUGUCUUAAAACAAACAUGUGUUUUUUUACAAAUCUGGGAUUACCAUGCAAAAAAAGGUAUUUUUCAAAUUUAAGAAUAUUUAUUACCAAAGCGAUUUGAGAAUGCUUUAAAUACCAAUAUGGGAAUGUUUUUAAAAUUUAUUAGUAUUUUUAUAAUGUUCUUGUACCUCUGUAAGAAUAUUAUGUUUCAUUAUGUUCUUGUACAGAACUUGAAUGUUCUUUUAACAAUGUUUGGCAAUGAUAGAAUGUGAAUUCACAUUACGGUAUACUAGGUAGGGAGUUGUAAUUCACUCCUUGAUUAUCCAAAGUAAAUUUGAAUAUCAAGUGUUAUUUUUUUUUAAUCUCUUUGUUAUGGGUACUUGCUCUGAUUCAAUCAUAAUAAAACUGAAUUUCUUACAA